AAAACAACCUCGUCUAUUCAUAAAUAAGCACUGCGAUGGUUCGAUCUUCUAUUUAAAAUGGUAGCAUAAAUGUAAACAAAAACAAACGCAAGAACAGGGAAAAUCACCAACAACAACAAUUGACAACAACAAGGGUAAUAUGGAUGUAGAAGUUGCAGAAGGGAAAGUUACAAAAGAAAAUAGAGAACCUGUUUUGCUUCGACUACCUUUUCUGAAAAAAAAGGAAAAUCAAUAUGUACCACAACUGAUAAAAGUCCCGUUAUUAAAUAGUAAAGCUCAGGCAGCAAAACAAUCGCAACUGAUACACUUGCCUUUAAAACAAAGAAACUUAGUGAUUCAAAAUGUACAUGAAAAAAUAAUGCCACCUAAACUCAUUGACCUAAGAUCUGUCCUGAAUCUCCACAACAAAGAUAAUAAUCUUCGUACAAAGCCAUCCUACACAGACACUUUUUUAGCACCUAAAAAUCCCACGUUAGUAAAAUUACCAUCUGUGUUGCAUGAACCCGUGCUACUUGAUUCCCCAAAAAGAACUGUUUUGCAAUCACCAAAAAAGAUGCCACCUUCUGAACCCAUUCUUGUUGAUAUAAGGCUUCAUACGCCACAACAGCCAACCAAAUUAAUUAGCACAAUAGAACAACCGAGAUUAAUCAAAACUCCAGAUUUACCAAAUUUCAGUGAUCCACCAGUCAUACUUAAAGAUGCCCGUAGAAAAAAUGAGCAUAAACAACAGCAUGUAGAUGACUCACAAGACAGUGAUAGUGAAUAUAAAGGAAAAAGAAGAAGAAGCCGUGACGAUGAGCUUUAUGAUGUUAUAACUGAAUUGUUGCUGCAAAAGAAAAAAAGAAAAAAGAAGCGCAGAAGACUAAAAAUAUUUGAUAUUAUUGACAACAUUCCACUUACUAGUGAUAGUGACAGUGACGUUGAACCACUCAGAAAGCAUAGUAAAGAAAGAAACAAUAUUUUAGAACUCCCUAAUUUAGGUUUAACUUUUUUACCCCCAUAUACAAAUAAAAAAUCUGUUAAAGAGACAAGUAAAAUUACAAGUACAACACAACAGACUUUCUCUAGUUUACCUGAACCUCCAAGAGAUUUAUACAAACCAAAAGUGCCCAGGUUUUUAGACCCAAAUAAUAAAAAGGAUGACCCGUUAAGUUGGGAGAAUAUUAUUAAAGACGUUCGUCGUGAAACAAGAGAAACUCAAACAGAAAAAACACAGAAGGAAAACAACUUGGUCACACAAGAAAUACAAACUGAAAUAAGUGAUAUGAUUGACAUUCCACGUACCCAAACAUUUUUUACUGAGCAGAGAGAUCAUGUGAGUGAUAAAACAAAAGAAUUUUGUGAUCGCGUUCGAAAUGAAGUCCUACAAAAACUUGAUCAUCUGCAGUCAUUGGAAGAAAAAAGCUGUCAAACGAUUAGUCAUGCAUCAGUUCAAACUGAUGAAAUAAAGAAUGAUAAGGGGAAGACUGAUAGUUCUGUACAACAACAAAAUGUUAGAUUUAAAGAGGAAUCAUAUCCAUCACUUACACCUGAUAUUUAUUCCCAGCUUCAGUUUACUGAUGAUACACAAGAUGGCAAAAAGAAUUUCAUUGAUGUAAUGGACUUAGACCAAAAUCAAACAUCUGCUAAAGAUUAUGAAGAACCAUAUAAAAACAACAAUGAAAUUGAUACAGAUUUUACAGUGGAUUUUAAAAAUGAAUUCAAGAAUAAUAUCGGGAAGGAUUUGCCUUCUAAUAGCAAAACAAUUCAAGAUGAAGUUGUCACUACUUCUAAAACUGUGCCGGUAUCAACAAAAUCAUUGCUUUCAACUGGUGCUUCCCAAUCAACAAAACUAAAACAGAAUUCGAUAGAACAGUAUGUAUUUUUUAUAAGCAAGGGAAACGACCGACAUUCACAACAGAAGGACCGACAUCUAAAUUCAACUUUACAAAAUAAUAUGGAUGAAUUUUCAUAUGGUUUGAAAGCAUUGGAAGAUUUGCAUGAAAAUUUAGAGUUGGAGUUAAAGCAGUCAAAAUUUCUCUUCAACACAAUUAUGACGUUACAAGAUGGUUUCGCGCCAGACGAUCAAAAAAACAUCUCGGCUGAAGGGAGUGAAGAACUUCUACAAGGUGAUCAAUUUGACGUCAAAAUAAAUGCAAGAGAUAAAGAGAGAGAAGAUGCCCACUCUACUGAGAACGAUCAACAAGCACGCCCAUGCUUGGACUUGAAUGUGAAUCCGAAUGAUGUCAACCUGAAACAAGAAAAUGAUGAGUUGAAGUUCGAUAACGUCAUAGGAAAACCUGACUUUCAAAGUAGUGUUGAGUUUGAAUCAAUGCCAGAUAAGAAGGAUGGUGAUAAUGAUGAAAUGGCUCCUCGUUAUGAGGUGCAGUCUCGAUUAAAUUCAGCGUUUUCACCUAGAAGUGAUAUUUUUUCUCCAAGAAGUGCAUACAGUGAACUACGGAAUACUAGUUCUGUCCGCUUUUCAGCAGAUUUAUUAAAUGAAAAUGAAAAAGAAGAAAUAGAAAAUGAAGAAGAAAUGAAACAAAGAAAAGAAAAAGAGGAAGCAAUGAAGAAAGAGAUACGAAAAAGAAUUCUCAAAGAUACCGAUGAUAAAGAGAAUGAAAGCAAAGUAGAUGAAAAACGUACAAAGCUUCUUGCUUGGAUGAAGAACAAACAUAAAGAAAGAUCACAAACUUACAAACAAAUGGUUGAUGAAAGGCGAGGUGCAGAACAUAGACCAUUUCUGUCAAAGCGUCAAGUUACAAAACGAGAAAUUGAUCAAAACACGACCAUACAAGAUGACUUAAAAAGAGCCAUGUUGGAGGAAAACAACGAAGAGCGUGUACGUAUGGCGCAAAAGCUUGUUGAUGAGGUGAUGUCGAAAAAGAAAAAAAUGAAAACAAAGUCACCGUUCCGUCGAAAAUUUAAAAAUGAGCGUUAUAAAAACUCGACAACCUCAAUACCAGUCCGUGAAACGCGUGCAAGUCGCAUUAGAAGAACUGCACUCAUUUCUGACGUAUUAAAUACGACGAAAUUACGUCAGGAGACGUCACGACGUAAGUUAAAAAGUAAGACUAAAGAACGCCGCAAGGAAUCUGUCGGUUCAAAUUUUGCUGACGUUGUAUUUCCUAAUCAAAGUAUGGAUUGUCGAAGUACCGCUGGCCGAAGUAGCCGGAUGUCGGUGGAAGCACAUGAGUUUGUUACCAAGGUUACAUACGACAGAUAUCAAGAUAAACUAACAAAACGACUUCGGCAAACCGUAAAGCAAUACGAUUCUCCGGAUUAUAUCGAUUACGUCACUAAUGACGGUAGAAGAACCCAAAAUAGUCUUAAUGUUAACGAAGCACGAAAUAGUAGCCUUUCAAAAUUUUCAUACAAGUCUGCUCUGGAUACGAGACCAAAACGAUACGAUGCGAAUUCCAUCGAUAUUCACAUUGGGUUGAACGCCAACCAGUCUAGUGCGUCUCUCCAGUCUAGUGUUGAUAACACUGAAGUGAAAAACAUUCUACAAAAAUAUGGUCUUCACGUCGAUGAGGGAUUAUUUGGUGGAAAAUCAGAAACCUCGAAUUUGUUGGCGGAGGUGGAGUUUGCGUUGUUAGACGAGAAUAGUGAAGCAAGUCCAACCACACUCGAUACUAUCGAUUGGAAUGAAGUCGAUAAAAUACUAAACGAAUAAAAAUAACUUCCGUCUUUGUAAAUAAAUAUAUUCUAUUUUGAUUGUUUUUAAUUUUUUCUAAAUUAUCCUAAUGGAAUAGAUAUUCCCAAAGAAAUA